AUGAACAACGGCACGGCGGACAGCGGCGGAUUUCUGUCCUCAAACAACAUCGGCGGUUUCGGCUACGGAAUCGGCGUCUCGUUAGGGCUUUUGAUUCUCAUCACUACGAUCCUCUUAGCUUCCUAUUACUGCACCAGAAACGGCUUAUCGUCGACGUCCGUGGUCGAGAGAAACAGCAAUCGCUCGCCGCCGCAGGCGGAGGGAGAAGCCGCCGCAGUCGUCGAUGUCGGACUCGAUCAGGAAACGAUUAAGAGUUAUCCGAAAUUGCUGUAUUCGGAGGCGAAGCUUCUGAAGAAUGAUUCCUCUGCCUCUUGCUGUUCAAUCUGUUUGGCCGAUUACAAGAACUCGAAUGUUCUUAGGGCUUUGCCUGAUUGCGGCCAUCUCUUUCACCUCAAGUGCAUCGAUCCGUGGCUGAGGCUUCACCCGACCUGUCCGGUUUGCCGGACCUCGCCGAUUCCGACGCCGUUGUCGACUCCUCUGGCAGAGCAAGUUCCAUUGGCCAGUCGACGGGAUUGAAGCAGACGAUCUGGAUGGAUGUGGAUGAAUCGACGUCGUUUUCGCCGUACUUUUUCUUCAACAGAUUGAUUCCAUCGCAUUCGAUCGCCGCAACGAAACUCCAAUCUCAACCUUCUUCAAGGUCAAACAUAUUUCUUGUAUUUAUUUUACUCUUCUUUUUUUCUUUUUUUAAUUUUUCUUUUAUCCAUUUAUGAAAUCCUGAUU